CGCAAGCGCAGGUCAGAUGGGCGUCCGAGUGGUUGGAGCGGCGGUGGUAGUCAGCAAAGUCCUCGUGGCCUGAACGAGCUGCAAGGAGAUGUUUGUUUAUUUUCUAUUUUUCGUCCGCAUGGAGGUCAGAGCUUACUGCCCUGGUGGCUUCGACCUUGCUACUUCCUAACUAGUUUUGCAGGGUAUUUCUCUAAUUACAUGAUUGCGUGUAGCGUAUCACCUGCACUUUUACAGCCAGUCCCCAAGGCUCAUUACUCCUUUGAUGUAUUACAACCACUCUCGGGAUGCUACUAA